AGGCGCAUGCGCAGUGAGUCAGCUUUCGUUUUACAGAUGGACGUGUUUUGCUAACUAGCUAGUUAAAUUGUGUUUCGUCAUUUUUCCUUUAUUAUCUGAUAGUCUGUUAUGUAGUUUGCGUGUUUUAAAACAGUUUGGUCCAUGUCCUGUCCGAGUUUGCGUCAUGGUUUUAUGAGAAUAGCAAUAUUUACACUGUAUGAAAGUAACUGUAGGGGAAGUUUGUGUGCCUCAGUCAAGUCUCAAAGAAGAGGUAUUUCUCUUGUAAACAAGAUGCCCAAGAAAGAAAAAAAGAGCAAAAUCACUGAGACAAAGAAGCUGCCAGAAACGCCGAGCUGCCCGGUUUCUGCCCUUAAAGACGGCGGAGUCGCAAUAGCAGUGCACGCCAAGCCUGGCGCAAAACAAAAUGCCAUCACAGAUGUGAGCUCGGAGGCAGUAGGGGUCGCUAUUGCUGCACCACCCACAGACGGCGAGGCCAACGCGGAGCUCGUGCGCUAUCUGUGCAAAGUACUGGCGCUGAAGAAGAGUGAAGUAAUGCUGGAUAAGGGAAGCAAAUCCAGAGAAAAAGUCAUUAAAGUCACAGCAUCGAUUAGUCAAGAGGAGGUUCUGGAGAAACUAACACGAGAGGCUGCUGGGUGAAGCUCAGCACUAAAGCAGGAGUUUUCAGACGUUUUGUAUUGAGUGACAUCUUUUAAUAUAAAAUAAAUUCCACUGGCACCCUCA